CUUUGCCUUCCCCCAGUAGAAACCCUGCCUCACAGGCCAACAGCAUGUUUUUCUAUUUCUAUUCGCUUUAUCACUCUCUUCUCCAUGCUCCAUUGCACACCCAUCUUGAUAAUACCAGCAUAUUCACGCCUCAGAAGCAUUGCUGGGUUGCUCGUCUAUGGCUGAGGGCGACAGUGUAGGGGAAUACCCGAAGACAUAGACUACCAAUCUAUAUUUCAGCGUCCAAGACUUCAUAUGACCCACCGCAAAGUUGGGGUCUUGUGGGCAAGGCUGUUGUGGUCGGAGUAUUGUAAAACCUUCUUUACGUGUACGCUGAUAGCGUUCGGGUCAAGAGAGUCUAUAGAGGCAUUACUGGAGCGCGCAAAAGACGUGUUAGCAAUAAGUUUGGGGACCAGCAGAUUCCGGGCAGCUUUCUGGGAGGAUAUUGGGUUACAGACUUACAGAUGAUCGCCUUGCAGAGGGCCCACUGCAACUGUUGUCGCUGAAGACAAGAAGACUCUGCUAUGUGAGCCAGCAUGUGCGCUAAUUGUGCCUAUGCUGCUUUAUACCAACAGGUUUGGUGCCGGUUCACCAAACGAUUUGUGCUGGUUCUCAAAAAGGUUUGCAGCUUAUGCCUGUUUGUCCUCCGGCACGUGCGAAAAUUCGAGGAUCUCUGGGCUCGGUUGCAGGGGUGGCUGGGCUGAGAGGAUGAACUUUAUGCGAGUUAUGUGCGCCACACCCAAGGAAAACC